AGUUAAGUCAGAUAUUGAUGGAAUUAGCUACAACAAAAACCAUAUAGCUUGAAUGUUUGUAGAGAAGUUUGACGUCGUUAACACUAAAUGCUAAAUUAAGCAAUCAGGAACUUUUCAUCACAUCACGUGAUAUUCUAGAAAUUAUUUAAGUCCAAAGAAGUGUAGAAAUUGAAAAGACAAAAGAGAUAACAUUUACUACUAUGGAACGUCUAUCAAAAGAAAAAAUCGCAGAACUGAAAGAGGCCUUUGCACUAUUUGACAAAGACGGAGAUGGACGAAUUACAGCCAAUGAAUUAGAGAGUGUAAUGAAAUCCAUGGGAGAAACCCCUACUCCUAAAGAACUCAGGCAAAUCAUCCAUGACGUUGAUACUGAUGGAAGCGGAGCAAUCGAGUUUAAUGAAUUCUUAAACAUGAUGGCAAGAAAAUAUUCUGAAAUAAGAGAAAUGAAGGAAAUUACGGAUGCUUUUAAAAUGUUUGAUCGUAAUGGCGACGGCGUCAUAAGUGCUGCCGAGUUACGUCAGGUGAUGACAAAUAUGGGACAGAAAUUGAGCGACAAAGAUGUUGAUAGUAUGAUCAAAGAAGCGGACAUGGAUGGAGAUGGUCAAAUUAAUUAUGCUGAGUUUAUUAGAAUGAUGAAACCUGCUAGAUAAGAGAAUAACCACUACAAUUGUCCUGAAAUGUUGGAUGACUUUAUUCUGAUCCAUGCAACGAAUAACCAUAUGCGAAGGGACUUAUCAUUUAUCUUGUAAAUAAUGUCAUAUUUAGUGUUGUGAUCUACGUAUUUGUACAAAAUGUGUCAAUAUGUUAUUUGGGUUAAAUAGAAAGUAAUAAACAAAGAGAAAGAACUUAUGUUAUUGACUUAACAUAUCAAUUACAAAUAACUAACUCGUCUGCAAUAUUGCUGUCCAUAGUCAGUAACAGAAAUGUUGUUAUCGAAUAAAGAUUUCCAAAUUAAAACGCCAAUUUACGAACAUGCAAUUUGAUGAUCAGGCCAAAUU